GGUGUUUUUAUCAUUAUAGACAUAUGGACGGUAUCGGUGUUGCAAAACUUUACGCGUAAAACUAAAUGGUUGAAGAAACUUACCGUAAAAUCUUCUGCCAUAAUUGUGUCCGGCUGGCCGACAUCUAUCGUGGUGCGUUAAGGUUAAGAGCUAGAUAGUGUUGCUCUUUCGGAACAGGUGAAAACAUAAAAUCAAUGUGUAUUCUGACGAGUGAAACAUAUUUGCUUGAAAUGGCUUGUGACAUUUUUUUUGUAACUAUGUGUUGUAAUUGUAGUCCUUACUAUUGAUUAGAUUUUAAUGACACGAUAAUAAUAAUCUAAAAAGACGUCAGUUUUUAUUUAGAGAUUUUCGAAGCUGAUUGGAACGAAUAAAUUGGAAAGAAUAAACAAAGCGCUGGGAAGCGUGAACAAAACCAUCAGGCAGUGUCCGGAUUGGGUUGAAAUUGUUCCAGGGAUGAUAUGUGAAAUCUAAAUGUUCGGAAAAAAGUGAGCAAAGUGAAUAUCAAAUCUACACACACUCGAUUUUAGUUUUGAUGAUGCCUGUUAGAUAAUAAAAAGUGUAAGCCGUUAGUUAGGAGCAAAAGGAGACAUCAAGGCCUCAUUAUGUCUGUGCAGAUGACCCGAUACAAACAGGCACAGUUUGUCGAUGAGGACAGCAGCAGCAUCGGAUCGAUUCAGAUCAACGAAACCAGCCGGAGUCCAACGAUGCACAUCCGAUAUCACACUGCUAGAGGAACGUCCUUGUGGAAUGCCCGCAGCAAGCUCGAGAAGGUGCUCAUCCUGCUAGUGCUGCUCUCGGCGGUGACAAUCUGUGUGCUGAUUGGCCUGCUAGCAACCGAAAGCACUAGGAUACUGCACGUGCAGCCACAUGUGGAUUCCAAUAACUACAAAGAUGGCAAACCACCAGCCGGUCUGGCACCACAAACGUGCUUGAACAAGCACUGCAUAUUUGCGGCUAGUGAAAUUCUACACUCGAUCGACACCACCGUCAAUCCGUGCGAUGAUUUCUAUGGAUUCGCGUGCAACCAGUGGAUCAAAAAUAAUCCCAUCCCGGACGGUAAGUCCAUGUGGGGUACGUUCGGCAAGUUGGAGCAGCAGAAUCAACUGGUGGUGAAGAACGCUCUGGAACGACCGGAAGCGGAGCUAAAGUCGAAGGCCGAAAAGAAGGCCAAGCUGUACUAUCAGUCCUGUCUGGACGAAGACGAAACGAUGGAGAAAUUGGGGGCGGAACCGUUGCUCAAGCUACUCAAAAGCAUCGGAGGUUGGAAUGUAACAGCCAACGCAAGUGGUUUCGAUGUGAGUAAAUGGUCUCUGCAGAAGUCACUGCAAACUCUGCAGAUCAAGUACAAUAUGGGUGGCCUCUUCGGAUGGGCCGUUGGUGAAGAUGAUCGCAACUCUAGCAAACAUAUAAUUCAGAUUGACCAAGGGGGUCUUACACUACCUUCAAGGGACAACUAUUUGAACAAAACGGCGAACGCCAAGAUCCUGAAUGCCUACCUAGACUACAUGACGAAGGUUUCCGUCUUGCUGGGAGCUGAGGAAGCUGAAGCUCGUCGUCAGAUGUCUGACGUUGUAGAGUUCGAAACCAGGCUGGCCAACAUCACCACACCUCAAGAUAUGCGAAGGGAUGAAGAAGAGAUGUACCACUUGAUGACAUUGACGACACUGCAGGAGAAAGCUCCGUUCAUCAAUUGGCGUGAUCAUUUUGAAGAAGCAUUCCGCUUGGUGAAAAGAAAAAUCACCGAAAAAGAAAAGGUGGUUGUUUAUGCUCCGGAGUAUCUGCAGAAGUUGGAUACGCUGGUACAGGAAUAUCAUUCCACAGAUGAGAAGAAAACCAUCUUGAACAACUACCUGGUUUGGCAAACGGUGCGCACAUUGACGGCAUGUCUCUCGAAAGCUUUUCGGGACGCUUACAAAGGGCUUCGUAAGGCAUUGAUUGGGUCCGACGGUGGUGAAGAACCCUGGAGGUACUGCGUUAGCGAUACAACCAACGUUCUAGGCUUUGCCAUCGGAGCUAUGUUUGUUCGGGACGUGUUUCACGGGGAGUCAAAACCACGAGCGGAAGAGAUGAUCAACGAAGUUCGUACUGCAUUCAAAGAUAACCUCAAGAGUCUGGUAUGGAUGGAUAAUGAAACCAGGCGACUGGCUGAAGAGAAAGCGGACGCCAUUUCGGAUAUGAUAGGUUUUCCGGAUUACAUUCUGAAUGCGGAUGAGUUGGAUAAAAAGUAUCAGGAUUUGAAUAUCGAUCCGAAAAUGUACUUUGAUAAUAACAUCAACUUUAAUAUCUACAGUUUAAAGAAGAAUCUAGAGAAGCUUGAUCAGCCGGUUAACAAAACGCGCUGGGGAAUGACGCCUCCAACUGUGAAUGCAUAUUACACUCCUACCAAGAAUCAAAUUGUUUUCCCCGCUGGUAUCCUACAGCUUCCAUUCUUCGAUAUGAAAAACCCUAAAAGCUUAAACUACGGAGCGAUGGGCGUUGUGAUGGGACAUGAGCUGACGCAUGCGUUCGAUGAUCAAGGUCGAGAGUAUGAUAAGUUCGGUAACUUGCAUCAAUGGUGGAAUAACAAAACAAUCGAGCGCUUCAAAAAACAAACCGAAUGUUUUAAUAAGCAGUACAGUACUUACAAAGUCAAUGGUAAAAACCUUAACGGAAAACAAACGAUGGGGGAGAAUAUUGCAGAUAAUGGGGGUCUUAAGGCGGCUUUUCAUGCGUACAUUCGAAGCGAGAAGCUCAGCACCUCGGAUACGGAUACUCUACCGCUUCCUGGCUUGAACAUGACUCACCGUCAAUUGUUUUUCGUUUCGUUUGCUCAAGUGUGGUGUUCCGCCGUUACCGAUGAGACGACAACAUUACAAAUUGAAAAGGAUCCGCACUCACCACCGAUGUACCGAGUAAUUGGGUCGCUCUCGAACUUACGAGAGUUUGCUGAUACCUUUAAGUGUCCGUUGGGAUCAAGAAUGAAUCCGGAACGAAAGUGCGAAGUGUGGUAAGGAAACUGUUGGAAUACAGUGGGAAAACUGCGCUGCUCAGGAAGCACGCGAACGGUUUUUAAAGUAUUAACUGUUGUUGCACAACUUAUUAUUUACUCAAUGUACAAAAAGAGAUUCCAUUUGUUAACCGCUCGCUCCUUUUCCUAUUGCUUUAGUUGUAUUUGUUGUUGCACACAUGAAAAGAGUUAUCUGAGAUGCCAAAAAGUCCAAAGAAUCUAUGUGAAUAAAAUAUUUUUUAGAUAAACUACCUACCCUUUCCCGAGAGAAAAAAUACACACAUAAUCACAAGAAAUUACCGAAGUAGCAUUAAAAGAGUCCUCUAACAUUUAUAUCCAGCGAUAAGUGUACCGAAACAAAAUUUUACACCAGUUACUAAAUGAAUGUGAUUAAUACUGAAGGAGAGCUGUGCUGGAUGGCGAAUGAAAAGAUUCAUAGCUGACCAAUUAAUUGUUCAGGAGUUUGGAGCGCAAAUGACGUAUAAGCAAAAAGCAAGUCUAAGUGGCAACAGAAAAUCAAACUUUCUACACAAACAUCAAACAUUACUGCUAGCGUUACUGUACAGGUUUUAACAGGUUUUAAUUAUUUAUAAAAGACGUUCGGUUCCUCGCUGAUAUCAGGUACAAACUUGGGUCAAUGGGUUUCGGUUGUACAUUUUCUAAAAUUAUUACGUUCGGUAAGCAACUACGAUAGACAUGAUUAAUAGGUUGCGAGCACAAUUCGACGCGGUUUGAAGUGUAAUGAAAUAAAUUAAUACUUCUAACAGUCAA